AUGGCAUUGCCAUCGCGGGGCGAGUUCCUCUCAAACCUGGAGUCAGAUCAGUGCGACAUCUGCUAUGAUGCCAUGGUCGAGCCAGCUCACACACCAUGCGGACAUGUCUAUUGCUUGGAAUGCCUACUUACUUGGCUGGACGAGAACAACACCUGCCCGACGUGCCGAACAAAGCUCUUUGAGCAAGACACUGAUGACGAGAGUGAUGAUGAGAUGGAGGCAGACGACGAAGAAGAUGGUGAUGAUGAGCUUGAAAACACUGCUGGCGAUACCAACCGAAACGCCGAGAACGAGGAGAACGCGAACGAGUACAUUGAACGCUUCGCAAACGAAAUUACCGCCAGAGUGAUCGAGCUCGAUACCGGCAUGCAGAGGCCAGCUCCGCACCGUAUCGCCAGAACUGUAACAUUCGACUGGUCCGGACUGGCUACAUUGAUGGCCACACUGGAAAUCGAGCGGCGAGAGUGGGCUGAACUGUACGAUGAGCUCAAUACAAGGGACGUCAGGUAUACGUUCACGGUUCGUGUGGGAGUCCUCCAGCACGAGAUCGAAACCUGGAAGUUCGAUUAUAUCAGCUACCCUAACCUUUACGAGCCUGAUACAGCAAUGUCCAUUGUUCGAGAAGAGGCAGUAGCCCAAGCCAUGGCUCAUGUUCAAUGGGCACGAAAAAUAUCCAGCUACCUCUACCGCAUACCAGCCAGUGAAAUUGCAAGUGCUUACCAGGCGCAGCUUCGACAGGGCGCGGUCUCAGAAUACAGGCUCAUUGCUUACCCACGGGAGGACAAUUUUUGA